UGUCCAUCAGUAUGCGGCGACAACUGUAUUAUUACAGUAAAACAAUCAAAGAGUAAUCCAUUGGUACCAUCAGUGCAGAACAGCCAUCCAAAUUAACCCUUUUACUUUGCCAUUAUCUCAUUGCCACUGCGACUUGCAACCUUACCGUUACACCCUCAUCCCCUGUAUUGCUGCUAUUUGAACACGGCGAGGAAGCCUAUCCUUCAGAAGCGCUUCAGGAGCUUCUUACCACCAUGUUUCCUUUCACCGGGCGCGCUGUCUUAGGCGCUUUGCAUGUGCGACCACGUGCGGCAUCAUGCCUCUUCCGGCCUCAGCAAAUGUCACGGCUUUCAACAUCAGCUAUCAAAUCGGCGACAGCACUCGAGCGGCAGCAGCAGUCUGGCCAGCAUCUCACUGCUUCUGGCAAGGUACGACAAGAGGUACCAUUGCCUAGCCAGGAGAAGAAGGAGGGUGCAAUGCAAUAUGUGCUGACUACUCUUGACCAAGUUGCCAAUUGGGCACGGCAGAGCUCGCUCUGGCCCAUGACCUUUGGACUUGCCUGCUGCGCCGUGGAGAUGAUGCAUCUUUCGACACCGAGAUAUGACCAAGAUCGCCUGGGAAUUAUUUUCAGAGCUUCUCCACGACAGUCCGAUGUCAUGAUCGUAGCUGGUACCCUGACAAAUAAGAUGGCGCCCGCUCUUAGACAAGUUUACGAUCAGAUGCCUGAUCCUCGAUGGGUCAUCAGUAUGGGAAGCUGUGCGAAUGGUGGGGGGUACUAUCACUAUAGCUACUCCGUUGUUCGUGGGUGCGACAGGAUCGUGCCCGUGGAUGUCUAUGUCCCUGGAUGCCCGCCCACGUCCGAGGCACUAAUGUACGGAAUCUUUCAACUUCAAAAGAAGAUGAGACACACCAGGAUCACACGCAUGUGGUACCGUCGUUGAGUUCGCAGUCUUCGAGCCAAGUACUGUGUUGGUGUCAAGUUAGUUGAAUUAGGGGUUCAAAUAGCGGCGAAAACUUUUCUACCAGAAAGAUGAACUCAAGAACUUUUCGUUUUUUUAAAGAGCUUAUACACGUGACAUACUAUUUACACUAGGCGGUUUCUAGUAUCCUAUGUGAAACAUGUGAAGAUUGAUGUGUUUGUAAGUAUACGCUUGGCCAUCUGAAUAUACACCCUUGAGGGGUGGUUACCCAUUCACCACAACGCCUCCAUUUGGAUGCAAGCAUUGCCCAGAAAUAUAGCUACUGUCCAUACUCGCAAGG